CAAACCCACGUCUAAAAAACGAAAGGCUGUUGAUAUGAUACCUGCUGGAACAAAAGAAAACUUUGUCCUGCCAGUUGACGUUGCUUCUGAACAUAAAAGGAUACUUCGUGAACAAGACAGGAAUAUUGAGGAAAUAUAUAACAUGCCUUGUCCUUUGGCUGCCUCAAAUCCUAAAGCAUGGAAGGAAUGUAAUGAAGAUCCCAUUAAGAUUUUUAACUUAAGACCGCCAGAAUGUUGUGGUCUACCAGUAUCUGUUUUUGGCAAGUUUCUUGCAGACUAUCGUAAUGAUGAACUACCUAUACCAAAAAGAAGAUAUAAACAAAUCUCAAAACUAGAAAAAAUCGUUGGACAAAUAUAUCAAAAUGAAACUAAACGUCAAAAGGCACUUCGUCCUUUUUUUGCUUUUUUAUUUAAUGGAAUUCGACCAGUGACUGAUAACGGUGCUAUUGUUGAUGAUGUAUUGCUUACUGAUAAUACAGAUUUUGGAGAGAAAGCUGCUCCUGUUAUAUGGGAAUACAAAAACGAAAUUGGGACAGGUGGAAAAGAUCCAACAAUUCAAGGCGGUUGUGAAUAUGCAAAAUAUUGGGCUCAAACAGAUGUGGGGUUUUUUUAA